UAGGACAAUAGCUUACUUUAAAACCCUUCAAAUCCUUCAUGCCCUAGUAAGCAGGUUGGUCGGAGUUACGAUUUCCGACGUUUUUUCCUUCCGAGUUCCGAAAAAAAUUUUAAUUUCCGAGUUCCGACUUUUGAACCAGUUCCGAUUUCCGAGUAAUCUGAGUUCCGACACCUCUGAUGUUCUGACCCACUUCUGCUAGUAUGUUGAGAUGCAGCUUUACAUGCUGAAUCUAACUAUAUUAGACCGCUAAAGACUCUUAAGGACUUAAUUUUGGCAAAAUUAAAGUGUAUUUUAGGAAUUCAAAUGUCCAAAAAAAAUCCUAAAAAAUUCACAAAAAAAUUCCACCUUUAGGAGUAGAGUUGGGGUUUUCGAGUCGGGCCGACGUUCGAGUCAUUUUUUUCGAGCCUCAUUUUUUAUCGGGCCGGACCGUCGUCUUUUUCGAGUUAAAAUUUGGAUGCCCGACUUGGAUCUUUUGGAUCACCCGACUCGGAUCGGGCGGAUCUUGCCCCCAAUCCUAUUUAAGAGGUGUGUAUUCCUAAAACCGAAACCGGUCGGGUUGUUACCUAUUAUCAAUUAGCAUCUAUUUUAGAGACCCCUCUCUAUUUGGCUUUCGAUUAAUCGACCUUGAACACCCUUGUUUUAACCAGCGUUAUACCCACAAGACGGAGAGGGUUCGCGGCGGAUUGAGCGCAUACCCAUUAGAAUUUUCUUUAAAAAGGAAGAAAAAUUUUUCAAAAAAUUUUAAACGCUGCAAAAAUUAAAAAGGAAUUAAAGAGUGAAUAAUAAAUUAAAAAGUAGUAAAUAAAAUAAUUUUUUAAAUUAAAAAAAAAUUUUUUUUUCUCAAAGCCUCCUUUCAUCAUAUUAAAAAUUAAUAAAAUAAAAAGGAAAAUAUGUAAAUAAUAAAGUGCAACAAAAGUGUAAAAAAGUAAAAAUGGGUAAAAAAUGGGUAAAAAAUGGCAACUGGAUAAUUUUUUAAAAAAGUUCCUUUUUGCCCAAGUUUCGAAAUAUCUCUGAAGUUAAGGGUGAUACUUUUGCUAAUUUACAGGGCUCUUGCCCUGUUUUUGACCUUUCGCCCUGUUUUUCCCGUUCUGCAUUAUUUUAAAAAUUUUUGGCAUUCUGUAAAUAAAUGGGGUAAAGGGAGGAUUUAAGACUUUUUUGGUUUUCCUAAAUAUAAUAUUUGAGGCAAUAAAACGUGAUUCUGGCCUCCUAAAUUUAAGAUUUUAGAAGGUGAAAUACUGUCCCAUUUUUUGCCAUAUUUUUGAGAAGCUGAGCCCUAUUUUAACGUUUUGGAGAGUCCAGUUCCUACUCAGUGUUUGCUUACGGUAUCGAGAACAGAAAAUACUGAGACCGUAUUUUAGAUCCAGUAUCCUUCAAAAGGUAACUGAGUAAUAUCUGAUAGGAGCCUGAAGGUUGAUGACUCGCGGGUUGGUUCCUUCUAAGGUGGGGGGGGGGGGGGGGGGUCGUGGGUUCGAACCCGUGCGGGAAAAUUAUUUUUUUAACAUGAAAAAAUACAUAAUUUCAAGGCUUGAAUACUUUUAUAGGGUUUUUUGGUCAAUCCGGAUUUUAUUGGAUAAGAAAAAUAUAAUUUUCAAUAUCCAUACAAAAUCACCCAAAAUUUUCAAAAAAAUUUUUUUAGAAACUUUCCAAGCUAAAUUUAUUUAA